AUGGAAAUACAAUACCAUCAGAAGUUAAAUCACUUAGGAGAUUAUUGUUUUUAUAAAUGUACAUCAUUAACAACAAUUAAUAUACCGUCAUCAGUUAGUACAAUAGGAGAUGGUUGUUUUUAUAGAUGUUCAACACUAAAAUCAAUUAAUAUACAUUCAUCAGUAAGUAAAAUAGGAAAUGGUUGUUUUUUUGAAUGCACAUCAUUAACAUCAAUGAGUAUAGAUAAUUUACAAUUUGUCAGUAAAGAAAGAAUAUUUAUAAAUGAACCAGUGUUAAUUAGUAUUAAAAUACCAGAAAAUCUAGAAAUAAUCAAUGGAAAGAAUAUUGAAAAGAAAGACAUUAAUGAAUUUAUUAUUCCAUCUUCAAUUACUAAAUUAUGUGAUCAUUGUUUUAGUGAAUGUGAAUCACUACAAUCAAUUAACAUACCGUCAUCUGUUAGUGAACUUGGAGAUUAUUGUUUUGAUUGUUGUUUUUCUGGAUGUUCAUCAUUAACAUCUGUCAUUAUACCAACAUCUAUUAGUAAAAUAGGAUGCAAUUGUUUUUAUAAAUGUUCAUUGUUAACAUUAAUUAAUAUCCCACCAUCAAUUACAGCAUUUGGAACAGCAUGUUUUUAUAAAUGUGGAUGUGAAGAAAUGUUAAAACAGAAUAAAACAAUACCAGAAAAUUGCUUUCAACCAUAUUGGAGAAGAGAUAAAGAAAUAAGAUAA